UCAACCAGAAGCCGCCCAGGAUGAUUGAGGAAAGCACAAAUAAGCGGAAGACCAUGGCGGAGAAGAGGCAGCUGUUCAUAGAAAUGCGUGCUCAGAAUUUUGAUGUCAUACGACUGUCAACAUACAGAACAGCUUGCAAAUUACGAUUUGUGCAAAAACGCUGCAACCUCCAUCUUGUUGAUAUCUGGAACAUGAUUGAAGCCUUCCGAGACAAUGGCCUUAACACACUGGACCACUCCACUGAGAUCAGCGUGUCCCGCCUGGAGACCGUCAUCUCAUCCAUCUACUACCAGCUGAACAAGCGCUUGCCUUCCACUCACCAGAUCAGCGUGGAGCAGUCCAUCAGCCUCCUCCUUAACUUUAUGAUUGCUGCUUAUGACAGUGAGGGCCGAGGCAAGCUGACGGUAUUUUCAGUUAAAGCUAUGUUAGCAACCAUGUGUGGUGGGAAAAUGCUGGACAAACUGAGAUAUGUUUUCUCCCAGAUGUCAGAUUCCAAUGGCUUAAUGAUAUUUAGCAAGUUUGACCAGUUUCUGAAGGAAGUUCUGAAGCUCCCAACAGCUGUCUUUGAAGGGCCAUCUUUUGGUUACACAGAGCACUCUGUCCGCACCUGUUUCCCUCAGCAGAAAAAGAUAAUGCUCAAUAUGUUUUUAGACACGAUGAUGGCCGACCCGCCGCCCCAGUGCCUUGUCUGGCUGCCUCUCAUUCACAGGCUCGCCCACGUGGAGAAUGUCUUCCACCCCGUCGAGUGCUCCUACUGCCGCCGCGAGAGCAUGAUGGGCUUCCGCUACCGCUGCCAGCAGUGCCACGGCUACCAGCUCUGCCAGAGCUGCUUCUGGCGCGGCCACGCCAGCGGCCCCCACAGCAACCAGCACCAGAUGAAGGAGCACUCCUCCUGGAAAUCCCCUGCAAAGAAGCUGAGCCAUGCAAUUAGUAAAUCUUUGGGGUGUGUACCCACCAGAGAACCCCCACAUCCUGUUUUUCCUGAGCAACCAGAGAAACCACUUGACCUUGCAAAUAUAGUCCCUCCUCGCCCUCUGACGAAUAGCAGCGACACCAUGGUGAGCCACUUGCCCACCGGGGCACCCACUCCCACCAAGAGGUUACAGUACAGCCAGUGUGAGACAGGACACUUGGCCGAUGAGCAUGCGCUGAUAGCCUCCUAUGUGGCCCGUCUGCAGCACUGUGCACGUGUCCUGGACAGCCCUAGCCGACUGGACGAGGAACACCGGCUUAUUGCUCGCUACGCCGCCCGGCUGGCUGCCGAGGCAGGAAACGCGACUCGUCCACCCACUGACCUGAGCUUUAACUUUGAUGCCAACAAGCAACAAAGACAGCUUAUUGCAGAACUGGAGAACAAAAACAGAGAGAUCCUGCAGGAGAUUCAGCGUCUCCGUCUGGAGCACGAACAGGCUUCCCAGCCCACCCCUGAGAAGGCCCAGCAGAACCCCACAUUGCUGGCAGAGCUGCGGCUGCUGAGGCAACGGAAGGAUGAGCUGGAGCAAAGGAUGUCGGCGCUGCAGGAGAGCAGGAGGGAGCUGAUGGUCCAGCUGGAAGGGCUGAUGAAGCUGCUGAAGGAGGAAGAGCAAAAGCAGGCAGCUCAGGCCGCAGCAUCACCACACACAUCCCCGACGCACGGAGGCGGCCGCCCGAUGCCCAUGCCCGUCCGCUCCACGUCGGCCGGCUCCACCCCCACGCACUGCCCGCAGGACCCGCUGGGCGGAGUGGGGGGCGACAUGCAGGAGGCCUUUGCACAAGGUACGAGGAGAAACCUCCGCAAUGACCUGCUGGUGGCUGCGGACUCCAUCACCAACACCAUGUCGUCCCUGGUGAAGGAGCUCCACUCAGCUGAGGAAGGUGCAGAGGAAGAAGAGGAGAAGAUGCAGAAUGGGAAAGACAGAGGUUAGCGGAGGAGCCGGGCGGCGGAGGAAGCUCGGCUCAGGGGACGCGGACCAAGCUGGCAUCGGGGAGAGGAAGGCGGGGUCCACCCCCGGAGCCGCAUUCCUGCCUGUCUUUCUGCCAAACAGCUGGACCAGGCCUGAGGCUGCCAGACGUCACCACCCGCCAGGGAGAGGGGAGCCCCAGCCCUGGGCGCGGGAGGGGCCGCGACGGGCCGGCGCAGCUGGUGGGCCUCCCUGCCCAGUCCUGCAUGAACUAGCAGCACCAUCACCCCCCUCAGGGCAUGGUCUCAUCUCUGCCACAGGAAUUUACCGGGAGGUUGAAAAGAGAAAAGAAACAGCACGAGUCUCCUG